UGUUAAUGUGCCGAGGGAAGGCAAUGCAGGAUUUUAAAGGUCCAGAUUGCCGCUUUGUGAAUUUUAAGAAGGGAGAAGCAAUUUAUGUAUAUUACAAACUUAUAGGAGAAUCAACCGAGCUUUGGGCUGGAAGUGUUGGAAGCGAUUUUGGAUAUUUUCCAAAGGAUUUACUUGAAAUAAAUCAUAAUUAUUCCAAUGAGGAGCUAGAAUUACCAACAGAUGAAACAGACUUCGUUUGCUUUGAUGGUGGAAGGGAUGAUUUUGAUAAUUACAACGUGGAUGAGCUUUUGAAGUCAUUGCAAGAGACGAUAGCAAAUGAAGAGGAAACUGAAUCAAGUGAUCCAGGGACAAAACCAGCUGAAGGAACUGAAACGGAUGGGGAGAUGGAUCAGGUUGAUUCAGUAGAGUCCUUUGAUGCUUUGAAGACAGACAAUCUUGAGCUAAGCACAGAAGACGAAGAAGCUCCCUCCAUGACAGAGGAAGUAGACAGUUUUCUUAUAGAAGGAACUGAAAAUACUGGGGGAGACUCCAGGGUCAAUAGUCACAAAGAAAACUCUCAGGGAGAUCAAAUUGCACACGAGCACUUGAAAGGAAUGCUACACGGGAAACUAAAAGGGCUAGAAAGUGAAAAUACCAAAAACAUUAGUAUUCCUCAGGGUGAAACCAGUCAACUUGACAAAGAGAGUGAAGAUGUCAAUGCCUACAUGCUUUUAAACAGAGAGAUCUCUGUGAACUUGAAAACAAAUUUUGGCUCAACUGCUGAUGCUGUUGUAUCAGAUGAUGAAGUGACUGGCCUUGUUACAUCUCUGGAAGAUGAUUUUAAUGAAGAUUUGAGCAUUAAUGCUCAUGAUGCACAGGAGGAACCAGACUUCGCAGAUCAGUCUGAUGAAAUUCCUUUGCUGUCUUUUAUAGCAGAAGAAGAAAUUCCAUCCCAGGUGGAUUUAGAAGAUUAUGAAAAUGAUGACAUUGAGUCACAAAAUCAUGUACCUGAUAAAGAUGCAAAAGGUGCUACAGAGCUAAAUAACCAAAGAGACAAUGAGGAAGAACCUGAUUCAGAUGCAUUUAUUCAUGAGGAUGCCUUCAGUAAGAGCAAGAAGUCAGGGGACAGCAUAAUCAUGGACAGGUCCGAAUCCAAACAAACGAAAGAGAAACAGGAUGAGGUGAUGCUAAUUAGUAAAAGAGAAGCACCAGCAACAACUCAACCUGAGGAUCUCUCCAAAGAGCUCCAUAGAAGGCAACCUGUAGGUACAGGUGACCUGGGUUCAAAAGAAAAACCAAACAAAACUGAACAGUUUGAAGAGCAACUCAUGGUUGGUGGAACUGAAUCACGUACUGAAGAGCUGAAGAGUACAGCUGUGCCUGAUCCUCAUGUUUUGCCUAGUCCAGGAGAUAAUGUGGAGUCCAAAUCGUUUGUUAAAAGCAACCAAGAUGCUUUAAAACCACCUGUUGGUGAUAUCAACAGAAGUCCAGGAAGAGUGCUACUUGCUCAAACAGAGAAAGAUGAGGACAAGCUUGAGGAUGACAACUUGGAAGAGGUCUUGGAAAGCAAUUUAAAGCACAAAAAGUUAUGGGAGAAAACAGAGGAGAAAGGAAGAGCUGAGAACAAGCCUUCUGUUGAUGUCGAAGCUAAACCAGUGGAAGAGGUAAAAAAUGCAUCUCAAAGUGACUUAAGAGAUACUGACCUCUUGAAAGAGCAACUGGAGCAUGGAGUGCCUGCUGUGGAGAAAGAACUUCUAAGACAUGAAGAAGAUUUGAAACAAACAGAGGAGACCAAUCACGAAAAUCAGAAAUCCACCUCUUUUAACAAAGAACCUGAAAUGAAAAGGACAAACAUGAAAGAAACCCCUGCAGGGGAGGGGGACUCAAGCCAUAGAGGAGCUGUUGAGCAACCUAGGCCAUGGGAAAAUGAGACUGAGUAUUCAGAGGCAGGUGUGGAAGAAGAGCUUUCAAGAAGCCUUGGCAAGACGACAGUACUUGAAGAAAGCAUUGAGAAACGUUCCUCUGAAGAAAAAUCAAAAAGCACCCCACAGAAUAUUAAUACAGAGAAUCUUACUCAGCAAAGAACUGCUCGUACUGGGAGCGCAGAUUCAGACACAAAUCUUGGCACAAAUUUAGCUAAAGAAAGAACACUAAGAUCAGAAUUGCCAUCUGAAGAGCCAGGUGCUGAAGACGACCCUGACCUGAAAGAAGUAGUGGAAGAGCUAUUACAGGAUGAGAAUGCUGCAAGUGCAUGGUUGUCACAAGCAAGGGCUGCAAAUGUACAGGAUAAUAAGCUAAAUAUUAAAAGUACAAAUCCUGAAUUACAAGUGCCAAGUGAAGCUGUUUUGGGAACCACAAGCCCUACUUAUGAAACAGGGGAGGAAAUGAACUCAUUCUCUAAGGAGGCUAAAAAACAUAUCAGCAUGCAAGAUGCCAGCAAGACUGGGAAGGGAGAGAUUGACAUGCCAGUGAGUGAAGAUGCUAAAUUGGAUGAGAUGGAACAUGUCAUGGACAACGAUGACGAUGAGUUUUAUAACACUAAGGAACCAUCAGCUGUGGAAGAACAUAAUUUCCAAUCUCCUGACAUAGAAGAUGACAAUGACUUUAACCAAAGGAAGUAUCAUCUCCCAGAGGAUGUUUCACAGAAAGACUCAGAACAGAUGCAAAAUUCAGACCAUACACGAAAUGACCACCAUCACUCUGUGCCUUUCCACAGCCCUGCCGACAGCUCAGGAGCCCCCAGUGACACUGUAGCAGACUUCAGUGAGUCUGUGAAGCAGCUCACGAUAAUGAGAGAUUUCCUUGAUGAAAAGCGCAUAACACGUCUACAGAAGUACCUCGGGCUCCAGGAUGUGGUGAGGAUAGAAGCCAUGUUUCAUGACAUGAAGGUAGAGAUGGAGCUGGCUCAGAAGGCAAGCCAUAAUAAUGAAGAUAUAGAAAAAAGUCUGGACCAGAUACUUGAGUUUUCGGAAACAAGCAUUAUGGAUUUUGUAGGAAAAGUUCUGGAUUCCAGAGUGGCAGAAAAUAAAGAGGAGGUGGUGAAAGAGAUGGAUUUGUAUGAUGAGGAGAGCGCACUGAUGGAUGAUAUUCAAGAAUUAAUAUAUUCUUUAAGGAGUAAAUACUCGUCUGCUAGUGAGAGUGUCCCACUUGCAUCUAUUCCAGAACUGGAAGAUGAUCAGCUGCAUGUCCAAGAUGGUGCAGAAGAGGCUAAAUAUGAUGGAGUUUCCAUCAGAAACCCAAAUACCAUUGAUGAGAGCAAUCAGGAAUUUCAGCAGCUUGAGGAUAAGAGGCCAGAACUGCUUACUGAGAAAGAGGAGAGCGCUGUUAAUACUCCACCUGAGCAUGAAGAGGCCAACUUCUCAGAUAAUAGAGAAACUCAAGAAGGGAAUGAUAGUGAAGGAGGAUCACUGCUGCAAGAUACGUCCUUUGGGUCAAAUGAUUCAGGACAGAGUGCCAGGGAAGAUAUCACUGCAG